AGUACAUCCUAGACAUGACUAUGAUAUUCCUUAUAAUUCAGAGAUAGAUCCUAUGUAUGAACAUGAACCAUAUCAACAGUUUGUGGGUGUGGAACUUGAUGGAGUCCAGGUUGGUGAACUGAGCAGUAGUGACUUAGAGGAAGAAGUGCCCGAAACACUUAGUUCUGAUGAGGAUGGUAAUGAAGAUACUAGUGACAAGGAUGGGGAUGGGGAUGAUACAAUGAUUUUGUAUAGUAAUGCUGCCAUUGAAUCAGAAGACACUUCUGAUAGUAAUGGUGGUAACAACAAUGAUGAUGAUCUCUAAUAUACUAUUGUAAUUUUACACAACAAAAUAAACGAUUUUGGUGUUC